CACGUGAUCAUCAGUGACUCCGUAAUCUGAGUCGUAACUUCCUUGUUUUUGUCGGAACCAUUAAACUGAAACCAUUUCAGUAACAUACGGUCAAAUAAAGAGGAGACGAAAUGCAUUUUACCAGAUCCGUCAUUUACAGGCGGAGGCGGCAAGGCGGCACAGCCUAGGAGCUCUCCCUUAUUCCGGAUCCUUCCAUCUGUCUCUCUCUUUAUGUGUGAAUCAUGAUGCUGUGCUGGGGAAGCAGUGUCUCGGGUCAGCUGGGCAUCGGUGCGUCAGAGGCUUCUUUCUUCGAGCCGAGGAGCUGUUGCAUGUUUGAUGGGAGGGGUCUUAAAGAUGUGGCAUGCGGCAGCCAACACUCGCUCUUCCUGUUGCAUGAUGGGAGCGUGUACACCUGUGGCUCCAACAGCAGCGGUCAGCUGGGCCAUGACAAGCGAGGAUGCAGGCCAGAGCUGGUCGGAGCUCUGGACGCUCAGAAGAUAUCCGGCGUGUCGUGUGGUCAGUCUCACUCUCUGGCGGUGAAUGAGCAGGGGCAGGUGUUCGCCUGGGGGGCCGGAGAAGGAGGGCAGCUCGGGCUGGGUACGGCUGAAGAGGCGGUCCGGGUGCCCAGGUUGAUUAAAAAGUUGUGCGAGCAUCGAAUCUCACAAGUAAUGUGUGGCAACCAACACUGUAUAGCACUUUCAAAAGAUGGCCAGUUGUUCGUAUGGGGAGAGAACUCCAGUGGGCAGCUGGGUUUAGGGAAGGGAGAGCCGAGCACUCUGUCUCCUCAACCGCUCAAAUCUCUGUGUGGGAUCCCACUGGCUCACAUCAGCGCCGGAGGAGACCACAGCUUUGCCUUGUCCCUCUCUGGAGCUGUGUUCGGAUGGGGGAAGAACGGCGCUGGACAGCUGGGCCUCAAUGACGAGCAAGACCGGGCUGUUCCCUGCCACAUCAAGUUCCUGCGGUCACAGAAGGUGGUGUACAUCAGCUGUGGAGAUGAACACACCGCUGCCUUGACAAAGGAAGGGGGUCUGUUCACAUUUGGAAACGGUUCAAGAGGACAGCUGGGCCACGAUUCCACCAACAACGAGCCUCUUCCACGCAGAGUUAUGGAGCUCAUGGGCACCGAGGUGUCUCAGAUCGCUUGUGGGCGGCACCACACCCUGGCAUUCGUGCCCUCCACAGGCCUGAUUUACGCUUUCGGCUGCAACACUCAGGGCCAGCUGGGCACAGGUCUCAGAGGAAACGCUAAGAGCCCACUUCCUGUCAGGAACAUCCAACCCCUGUGCUUUGGAAACACAUACACAAAAGCCGAGCGCUACACCGUCAGUAAAAUCCACAGUGGAGGUGAUCACAGUUUCCUGUUGUUGUCUGCCAAGGAGGGUUCAUUUUUCCCUGAGGAUUUCCGUAUCAUGAAUACCACCAAAAGCAUCGCUGUGAUUAAUUCUGAGAGUCUGGACAGCUGGAGGAUGAAGCUGCAUGACAACAGCGAUUCAAGCAUCACCAAUGACAUCAUACUCCUGAUGUCCUCGACUGCAUGUUGGAAUGCCAGCUUUUUGGACCAAAGCGAUGACGGACAUUUCAAGACAAACCCCAAAGUCCCGGGCAUCGAUUUCAAUGCUGUCCGGCUGCUUUUUGAAAUGCUGAUGAAACCAGCCUUCGCAAGACUUUUGGAGCAGGCCACAAAGAGCUUUGAGAGUCUCCUGAUCCCCCAGCUGCCCUGCUCUCCUCCUGACGUGGAAGCCAUGCGGAUCUACCUGAUCCUGUCUGAAUGUCCCGCUCUCCAGGACUCCAAAAACUACAUCUCUCUCACCAUCCCUCUAGCCAUGGCCAUCCUCAGAUUGGACGCCAACCCUAGCAAAGUGCUCGAUAACUGGUGGUCUCUGAUGGAUUGCGAGGUUUUCUCCAGACUAGUGGAGAUGUACAAAAGCAUCGUUGUGUUUCUGUUGACUGGCGGGAAGGCGCUCCUGGUGCCUGUGUUCAUGGAGAGCUACACCAGUGCCGCCCUCCGACUGCUGGAGAAACUACACAAGGUAAAUCUGAAAGCCCAUCAUGUGGAAUACAACAACUUCUACAUCCCUGAUAUCACCACCCUGGUGGACAUCCAGGAAGACUACCUCAAAUGGUUUCUGCGCAAAGCUGAUAUUAAAAUGCGAUACCCUCCAGUGCAGGGUUCUGUCACGUUAUGUGCCUAUCCGUUCAUAUUGAACGCGCAAGCCAAGACAACCGUGCUGCAAACAGAUGCGGAGCUGCAAAUGCAGAUGGCCGUAAGCGGCGCUAACUUGCACAACGUCUUCAUGCUGUUGACUAUGGAACCUUUGCUGGCAAGGAACCCUUUCCUGGUGCUUCACGUACGCAGGAACCACUUAGUCAGUGACGCUCUCCGGGAGCUCACGGUCUACAAUGACGUAGACUUGAAGAAGCCACUCAAGGUCAUCUUUGAUGGAGAGGAAGCUGUAGAUGCUGGAGGAGUCACGAAGGAGUUCUUCCUGCUCCUGCUGAAAGAGCUGAUGGAUCCGAUCUACGGCAUGUUCACCCAGUAUUCAGAGUCCAAUCUGCUGUGGUUCUCUGAUAAAUGUUUUGUGGAGCACAAUUGGUUCCACUUGAUCGGGAUCAUUUGCGGUUUGGCCAUCUAUAACUCUACUGUGGUGGAUCUGCACUUUCCCCUGGUGCUCUACAAGAAGCUUCUGGAUGUUUCGCCCACUCUGGAUGACCUGAAAGAGCUUUCGCCUACAGAGGGAAGGAGUCUUCAGCAGCUGCUGGACUAUGAGGGGGACGUGGAGGAGACCUUCUGUUUGAACUUUGCUAUUACAAGAGAGUAUUAUGGGAUCACAGAGGUCAAGGAGCUGGUUCAGGGUGGGAAGAACGUCGCUGUGGACAAGACCAACAGGAAGGAGUUUGUCCAGGCGUAUCUGCAGUAUGUAUUCAGCGAUGCCGUACAGGAGCUGUAUUCGGCUUUCUCCAGCGGGUUCCUGAAGGUCUGCGGUGGGGAGAUCCUUUCUCUCUUCCAGCCCUCUGAGCUCAUGGCCAUGGUGGUGGGCAACAACAACUACAACUGGGAGGAGAUGGAGAAGAAUGCCUCCUACAAGGGCGAGUUCUCUGCAUCUCACCCGACAGUUCAGAUGUUUUGGGAGGUGUUUCACGAGUUUCCCUUGGAGAAAAAAAAGCAGUUCUUGUUGUUCUUGACCGGCAGUGACCGCAUCCCCAUCCACGGCAUGGCCAGUCUACGCAUCAUCCUCCAGUCCACCGCUACGGAAGAGCACUACCUUCCUGUGGCUCACACCUGCUAUAACAUGCUGGACAUGCCCUGCUACCAGACCAAAGAGACCCUGCGGCACCGGCUCACACAAGCCGUGGAGCAGUACGAGGGCUUCAGUCUGGUCUGAGCAGGAACUAACUUACAGAGGUGGCUUUCUGUAUGCCGACACUGCACUUUAAACCUGUGGAGAAAUGGAAACGAACGCUGCUCUCGCAUUUAUUUAACCACAGAAGAGCACAUCCUGAAUCUCAUACGAGUAAAUCUAUUAUUUUCCUAUUUUUACAGACUUGCUUAUUUGGUUGGCUUCUCCAGAUGUGCACAGAUUUUGUUUUUCUUCUCAAAUUUAUAUUUUUUUUAAAUGAUGAAAGUAAAUUAUAAGAUUGGGAUGGAGUAGCUGGCUAAAUAAAUGAAAGACUUGACUUUCUUUAUAUCUUUUUUUUAAGUAGAAUUGGUUUUGAAUCCGAUAGGUCGCUCGUAUCCAGACCAUGUUAUUUUGCCGUUUUGACUUAAACCAAUUUGGAUCAAAUUCGCUAGUUUAAGCGUAUGAAAUG